AUGGAGACUGAGACAAAGGCUGCCUCUGCAAUCUCUGAUGCCGAGGCACAGAUGCAAGAACGAUUGGCCGCUUACAAACAAAAGUUGAAGAAACGCAAGGAAGGUAUGGCUCUGAAGGAUGCUGAAAAGGCCAAGCGGAAAGAAGAAAGGCGACGACGGCGUGAUGCUAGGGCCGCUGAUUUGAACAAACGAUUCGCGGACGAUCAAGCAAAGGCAAAGGCCAAACUCGAGGAGAGGCGUCGUAAGCGCGAGAUGAGGCGCAAGAAUACCAAGCACAGUCGCAACUUUCAGCGUCGAGUUUCCAAAGCAAUGAAGGAUGAACAUGACAAAUUGGCCGACACAGAAAAUUUGGUCCAUCAGGCAGAAGAAGCCAUGAUUGAGCGUUUUGAAGCCUAUGAACAAAAGAUGUUGGAACGAAAAAAUCUGCAAGUGGAAGAGAUGGUGAAGGAGCGACAGCGCAAGGAAGAGUUGCAAAGACAGCGGCAAAGGGAAGCCGAGGAAGAACGUAAAAGGACGGAAGAAGCCUUGGCGGCAAUCGUGGCUAAAACCAACCGACCUAUCACAAAAGCCAAGUCCUACCGGAAAGCCAAAGCUGCUUCAAAGAAACCGAUCUGGGCCACUCCUGCCUUCCUUGCAUCAAAACAGGAGAGGCGAAUGAAGGCCUUCUAUGAAAAGCAGGAAGCGAAGAAACGUGAAGCUGAAGAAAGGAAACUGACACAAGCUAAGGAAGAACAGCGGGAGGUGCAGAAAGCCCGACAGGAAGCAAAGUCUCGGAUGGAGAAAGAACUGGAAGAAAAAAGACUGGCAACGCUCCUCAAGGAAGAGGAAAAGGCCGCAGCAAGAGAAGUCAACAAACUCAUGGUGGAGGAGGCGAAAACCAAAAGUCAAUCCGCUACAAAAGAAGUGGCUGCGAGACGUGCAGAGUGGCAGGAACGAGCGCAUUUGAUAGCAGAACGACGGGCUAAUCAAGAAGAAAGGGCACGCAGAGCGACCGAGGAACGAAAGAACCAGGAGCUUGCUGUUGAAGAAGCUAUGGCCAAAAGGCGCAGUGCCAAGAGAGUCGACGAAGACCGAUUGGAGGUGUUGCAGAGACAAGAAUUCGCUGUUGAAGCAAGAGAAGAAGCUUUGGCACGAGAUAUGGCACGAGAGAAAGCUAUCAAGAAGCAGCAGGAGGCCAUCGCUGCAGCCGCCCCAUAUAAAAAGUCGCGCGAUGAAAACCAGGAGCAGGAAGAAGAGGAUUCAGAUUCAGAUGAUGAAGAUGAAGAUGACUGGAAGGACGAGGAAAAGGCCAAGUUCUUGGCAGACGCCCAAACUGAGAUCGCCAAGCAGCAACAACUGGCUGAUGCUAGAAGAAGGAAGCAGGAGACGGCCAUAGGGUUGGCGAAGAAGGCAAAAGAAAAGGAAGCAGCACGCAUUGCGGGGCUGGUCAGGAGAGGCAAGCGAAGCCUCAUCACUGAUGAUACUCCAGAUUACCUGCUCUGCUAUGAAGAUAACGAAGAUGGCGCCGAGUGCAGCGACAAAGAGAUAAAGGAAGCCGUCGAAGACGUAAAAAGGAUCCGAGAGGCUGUGGCCGCCCUGCAGAAUAGAUUAUACGAAGUCGAGGAUCACGAGGCUGGCCAAAUCAAAAAAGUCCAAGAGAAGCUCAAGCGGGCAAAGUACGAGUUUCGCGACCAGGCUACCAAAGGCCUUGUUCGGUACACCCAGGAGGAGCACGACGACUUGGAUCGUCAGGUUUUGGAAAGCCGACAAAUCAUUGACACGCUGCGAAGGGAGAACCGGAAGAUCCGCCAGAACAACACAGCGAUGGUGCAUAAUAGAAUCAAUCUGCGCAAACGAAACAAGACACUGAAGGCUUCCAUCAAAUACACCAAAAAGGUUCUCAUGCGAGGACCUACAAAAGAAGGCGGAAAGUUCACUGGAAUGAACGAAGAUUUGGAGAAAGACGAGAUGAUAUGGAGGAAGGCCGCGACGAGGAUGGAGGAAAUGGCUGAGAUGCGUGCCCUUCAGAUUGCGAGUUUGAAGAGACGGAGAGAGCUGCGGGAAGCUUGCAUUGCGAAGAUACUGGGGCAUUUCCAAAAUAACUGCCCCAAUGACGUCCUUGUGUUAAAACUCGGCGCCAUGGCACUUGGAGAGGACGACGAAGAAGUGGAUCGCAUUGUUGGCCCCGUCAGGUUGGUUUGGGAAAAACCCCAAGAUUCCGACACUGAAGAGGAAACGGACAGCGACAGCAGCGACAGCGAGCCUGAGAGUGCGGGGUUGGAGUUCAACAAGUAUGUCUAG